ACAAAGCAGAAGAACAGUUCUAAAAUUAGAACUGUAGAUGAGAAGGCUGCCACGGCUCUGGUGCUAGUCACUAGUGCUUUGAUGGACACCUGUGCUCCGCUCGACUUAGAAGGGCUGCACGCAUGGUGGACCAACUACUUUCCUGAUACACACACCCCGACACAAGCCAACACACACACACAUGUACAGGGAGAUAUGCCUACACACAUAUGCCCACAGACGCCUGCAAAGGCAGUGGGCGUUUUUGACUGGCUACAAGCGUGCGCGCAGUUUGCGGCCGGUCGUGUAGAAUACGCGCUCGCUAUUUUCACGCAAGUAUGCGUGUUGCUUAGCAACGGUGCUCCAGAUAUACCUACCAACCCGGCCACUGCCAGCGACCCUGACACGCCCACGUGGCAUGGGCUGAGUGAGAAAGCACGUGCGCUUGUGCUGAGCUAUGUACGGCUGCAACGGAGGCAGUGUGAGCUGAUCCUGAGUGUCGGUGUCGACACAUCGCCAAUCGAAUGCAACGAGAAGAUUGCACCCAUACAAUGGCGUGCGAGUGUGGAUGUGAACACAGCAAUGUACAGUGGUGUAGGUAUGGGGCAAGGUAGUGCGAUGAAACAGGGCGAUGGGACGGGUCACGCAGCGGUAGGUAGUACUCCACAGCUCUUCUCUGUAGGGACUCCGUCUAUGCCGGGUGUGCAGGUGGAUGCGGGUACAGCUGUGGGUGUGAGUGAGAGGGAGGAGAGUGCGCAUAUGAGGGCUAUAGUGCGUGACCAACUGACUGUGUGGUCUGAUGCUGCCGACACGACGUUGUCUGACAACCAAUGGAAAGGUUUUAUGAACGGGAGUGCAAGCCAAUCAAAAUCCACCAAAAGGGACGGUAACUAUGGUGACGGCUGGGCCGAGUUUGGGCUGUUGUCUCAGUUGGAUGUCAUCGGAACACGGCACAUUGCGCAUCAACUGUUACAGAAUACAGGAAGCACUCACCACACACGCACACACGCACAUAUGCCUACCAAACAUCACACACAGCCUCGCACGUACAGUAUAUCGGGACCCUCUCAUCCGUUCAUGCGCGAUCUCGCACACACUUUGGGGCUCGCCACUGCGAUGUGGGGUGACUGGCGAGGUAUAGCUGGUCUACAGCAGCUGGGAAUGCUUACUCUGGGUUCAACUGGUGGUAGUGGACAAUUAAGCAGGAAUGAUCUUGUGACUGUCCUGGAAGAGGCGACGACUGAGAGAAACUCGAAUCUCAACCUGAAGGCUAUCAUGUGGUCCACUCGGAUGCUUUCUAGAAGUACUGCUGGGCACACGAGAAGCUCUGUUCCGUUGGCACGUGUCAUGGGUGUCAGCAACGAUGUCUCGAGCUACGGUGGGAUCAACACGGUACUCGCCACUGUUACCUACCUUCGUAACCAUGGUAACCCGCACAUGGCCCUUUCAUUUCUGUCUCGAUUCCGUGCGAGUGCUAUAAAUAGCGUCAGCGCCCACCGAAGCUCCGCACACUUACCAUCUUUUGAAAGCGGGACGCAAAGCGAUACGAUGACGGCAAAUGUAAACGCAAGCUGGUUGGCUGUGGAGAGAGCACGGGCGCUUUAUGAUGUGGGCAGAGGCCAGGAAGCUGUGCACAUCGUCCAUGAAGUACUGCUGGGGUUCCCAAUUGAUGUCAUGGCGAGUCGAUCCAUGGCAACAUCGCAGAAACUGCGCUUUCGUGUGCGUACCGGAGACAAUCUAACGAAAGACCAGGACCGGUUGAAGGCGGCUGUGCUGAUGUCACUGGCGCAAUGGCUGGACGACGGACAGUCUUCCUACACACAACCACUACGCCAAUUGACAGCACAGAUUGGGCUACUCAACUCCAACGAUUGGGAUACCACCGCAGAAACCAGCACACCCCCACACCCACACAUGACAGCACAGACACACGCACAGACACACACGCCCAUGCACACGUACAUGUCGCCUGAGGUCAUCCGUAGUGUGCUGUCGUUUGCGGCGCAUCUGUCGCCUGCAGAUGCAGACAUUCGCUUUGCCUACGCCAGCCACUGCUUUGCGCUGGGCAAGCACGCGGUUGAGCACGUGCACACCCGCGGCAACCGACUCGUGUUGGGCCGGACAGAGUGGGAUGCGUUGACUACAGCUGUGUCUGGUUAUUUGUCCACUACCACGGAUGGUACGGAUGAUACGGGGGCUGAGCGUGAGCAGCACAGUACGAUGUGUGCUUGCACCGAGAGCCCAGAGGCAUUCGUGGAAAGGGGGGAUGCGUAUGUGUGCAAGUGUGGGUGUGGGGACUGUAGAGAAGGCGUGUGUACCACUCGGCUGGUGGUUGCCAUAGCAACGGUGCUGCAGCGGGUGGAGUGGAGUAUGGCUGAUCAGCUGCACGACACCGAUAAACACAUCGCACCCGUAGCCAUCGACACUCACACUAACGACACGGGCAAGCAAUGGCGCAUCACGCGAAAGAGUUUGCAGAUCAAGCUCCAUGCCUUGCUGUCACCUCACGCUCACAAACACAAACACAUGCACAUGCACCCCCCCCCACACACGCACAUGCACCCCCCCACACACACCACACACUCAUCUACAGGCAAUCACGUACACGCGGACCACAGCGAGACCGCUCUUACUUCCAAUGGAGGGGUUGUGUGCGAGUGUGGGUGUGUGCACAUGUGUGUGGACAGUCUUGUGUGUGUGCGUGAUGCAUGUAUCACACGCACACUCUCGCCGCUGGCUCGGGCGGCCGCAGAAUACUUUACCUACCUGCAGAUCACUGCGGGCGGCGUGGGCGGCUCCGAUGGUUCUAAAAAUAGAACGGCCGAUUCUAUUAAUAGAAUGAAACCGUCCGCCCAUCUAGGCCACACGGGCACACAAGCAUCCACACACACACAACCCAACACGCAUGCGCACGCUAACGCUAACGCGCGCAUUCGAUCCCUGGUGGCACCGCUUCGUCUGUUGAAGCUGUUGGUGCACUUUGGGCCAGAGCUGGCUGGGGUCAUGACAGAUGGUCUGGAGACCACUCCAUGGGUUGCGUGGGCGGCUGUAGUGCCACAGUUGCUGGCGCAGUUCUCUCAUCCAGAGCAGUACGUGUGCGACCGCAUUGUGGCGUUGAUCUCUCGUAUUGGGCUGGUUAAGCCGCAGGCAGUGGUAUUUGCUGCACUGGCGGGUGCGUGGUCGUCUCGUCAGCUGAGCGAGAGUGUGCGUGAACAGUUUGAAGUGGUUGUGCAGUCGCUACGGGCCACUCACGGGUCUCUCGUGUCGGGUGUGGAGACGCUUAUGCACCAGCUGGCGGGUCUAAGCCAACUGCCCGAGGAGCGGUGGAGAAGUGUGUUGGGUCGACUGGCGCGGGACGUGGCGCAGAGGAUCCAUCGGCUAAAGUCACCGCUGCACCGCAUAGCCAAGAGCACUCACAUUGGAGCCCAUGACAAGAUCACCAUCGCCGAAAACCAGUGCAAAGCUGUGCUAGAUCCGCUCGUUCAUGAACUAGAGCGCCUGCGUGACCAGACAUUCUGCUCGACCAAUGAGAACUCAGGACACACUAGGCCCAGCUAUAAGAGCCAAUCAAAUCACGAUCGUCACUUUGCGCACACAUACCGCGAGAGAAUAGAGAGUGCUUUGCAAACUUUGUCGUUCCCUUGUGGCAGCGCCGUCUUGGAUGCAGCGGUUGUCAUGGCAAGCACCAAGUCGUCGAGUGGUAAAAUCAGCUCCAGUGCUGCGUCUGCAAAGUCUGACACUCCGACUUUACAGUCGCUACUGUGGGGACCGUUCAAUGACAUUCUGGAGUCUCUCAAUGGACAAAUAAGGAGCAGUGACCGCACCCGCAAAAGACUCAAGCUGGCUGACAUUGCCCCGGGGCUGGUUCAGGCUAAUUUAUCCGCUGUUUAUCUGCCACUUGAUAGAAGAGUGUCCGGUGCCAGCCUGACCGAGCCAUCUAUUUAUAGAUUCGUGGACGAAGUCGAAAUUCUACCUACCAACACCCGGCCAAAGAAGAUCAAAUUAUGGGGCUCUGAUGGGGCUCUGUACACAUACCUGUACAAGGGUGUGGAAGAUAUGCACUUAGAUCAAAGGAUUAUGCAGUUUCUGCGUGUAGUCAACACCCUCCUUGGCGACACCACGCUCUCAUCUGCCGGUGGCCUGGCUGGUCGUCUUGGCAACGGUAGCCAUGGCAACGAGCAGGAUUCGCUCCUGUCCAACUUGUCGUCCAAUCUGCUCUACACGAACACAUACGCAGUAACUCCACUGGGCGAACGCUGCGGACUGAUUCAGUGGGUGGAUGGAGCUGUGCCCCUGUAUUCACUCUAUCGCAGAUUCCAGCAACGAGGAAUCGCUUGUGGCACCAUCCCCUCCACCGCCGCCUUGCGUCCGUCCGAACAAUUCUGGUCACUCGUGGGGCCCGCGCUAGACAAAAGCGGGACGUCCCGGAAUAAGAGCCGAGACAAGUGGCCGCAGGGAGUGCUAUACAAUGCCUUUUGUGAAUUAGCUAAGACUGUGCCGGACUCACUGGUACACAAUGAGAUGUUCACCCGUGCAGCGACACCUGCUGACUGGCGGAGGUUGUGUGUUUCUCCGCCCGCCCUCCACAGUUUGCCUCUCAUCCUCAUGACAUAUCACACCUCACAGCACUGUGUGUGA